AUGGGGAAAAUAUCAACCCCUAAGGCCCUCCGUGGGCCUGACUCGGCUUUUAGUUUGUCCAGUCUGCUUUCUAACAAAUUCUUUGUUUUCAAUGCUCAACCCAAGGGAGGAUUUGUUAACGAAUAUGUUGGAGAGGUGAUUGAUGAGGAAGAAUGUCGUGCCCGGAUUAAACAUGCUCAGGAGAACAAUAUCGGCAAUUUCUACAUGCUUACAUUGGACAAGGAUCGAAUUAUUGAUGCCGGGCCCAAGGGAAAUGAAGCCCGUUUUAUGAACCACAGUUGUCAGCCAAACUGCGAGACGCAAAAAUGGACGGUCAACGGAGACACACGUGUUGGGCUUUUUGCGCUUACAGAUAUCCCUGCUGGCACUGAGUUAACAUUCAACUAUAACCUUGAGUGUCUGGGCAAUGGGAAGACGGUGUGCAAGUGUGGUGCAUCUAAUUGCAGUGGAUUCCUGGGAGUGAGGCCAAAAGUAAGGAGAUGA